CCGGGGUCCAGCGGCGGCGAGAGCGCGUGGAUCGGCGGGGCCAUGGGGGGAGUGGAGAAGAAGAAGUACGAGCGCGGAGCCGCCACCAACUACAUCACCCGCAACCGGGCGCGGAAGAAGCUGCAGCUGAGCCUGCCCGACUUCAGGCGCCUCUGCAUCCUCAAGGGGAUCUACCCCCAUGAGCCCAAGCACAAGAAGAAGGUGAACAAGGGCUCCACGGCCCCCAGGACCUUCUACCUGCUCAAGGACAUCAAAUUCCUGCUCCAUGAGCCCAUCGUCAACAAAUUCCGGGAAUACAAGGUGUUUGUGCGGAAGCUCCGGAAGGCGUACGGGAAGAGCGAGUGGAGCACCGUGGAACGGCUGAAGGACAACAAACCCACCUACAAACUCGACCACAUCGUGAAGGAGAGGUGAGGAGAGUCCUGGCAGAGCCACAUGGA